AGUAUGGGUCAACGACUCUCUUCUCUGCAUCCAAAGCUUCAUCGUCACUUCUUCUCUUCUUCUACUUAAAGCUCUCUUCUUCCUCUUCUUCUCCACUUCAUUUUACUCAUCGUAUUAUCAAGUACGUGCUAUCUCCUCUACAUUACUCAGCUCCAUAGCCAUUUCGAUUAAAAUAAACUCCUCGCUCGCUUUCGCUUAUACCCAGUGAAGAAAACAAUGUCAAUUCCAUCCGACGAUCCUCCCGCUUUCGACCCUUUAGAGCCGUCAGUUCCCAUCUCUUACCCUAUCAAAACCCUCGAAGAGCUCGCCUCGCGAUCUUAUUUCGAUUCAUUUCACUACCCGUUUAACAAGUCCUCCGUUCCUCUUGAAAUGAACCAGUUCUUGCCAGAUAGGCCGAGGAUUUUGGUGUGCCACGAUAUGCAGGGGGGUUACGGGGACGAUAAGUGGAUUCAAGGUGGUCAAAACGCAAGUGGGUUUGCGCUUUGGCAUUGGUAUUUAAUGGAUGUUUUCGUCUACUUCUCCCAUAGUCUGGUUACUUUGCCGCCUCCUUGUUGGACCAAUACUGCUCAUAGGCAUGGAGUAAAGGUAUUAGGGACAUUCAUUACAGAGUGGGAGGAGGGAACAAUUAUUUGCAAUACUUUACUCGAAAGUAAAGAGUCUGCACAAAUGUAUGCCGAGCGCUUGGCUGAGCUUGCAGUUGCUUUGGGAUUUGAUGGAUGGCUGCUCAAUUUAAAGAAUAAAUUGGAUGCAGAGCAAGUCCCCAAUUUGGGAGAAUUUGUCAGUCAUCUAACCAAGACCAUGCAUUCCUCAGUGCCUGGAUCUAUGGUGAUCUGUCCAGUCAUGAAUGCAACACAUGUUGCACUUGAUGUAUUGAAGAAGGAUAAUGUAUCAGCUGCUUUAUUUGCUCCGGGAUGGAUCUAUGAGACCGACCAACCUCCUGAUUUUCAGACAGCUCAAAAUAAAUGGUGGUCUCUUGUCGAGAAAUCUUGGGGAACACUACAAACUUAUCCAAAAAUGCUACCAUUCUACUCAAAUUUUGAUCAGGGUCACGGUUUUCAUAUUUCCUCAGAGGGAAGCCAAGUGUCAGAUGUGCCUUGGGAUAACAUUUCUUGCCAAGGCUUGCAGCCUUUCCUUGAGUUCAAUGACAAGCCUGCUCAAGAUCCCAUCCAAGUCCUUGUCAAUUUGAAGGAGGCAUCUUAUAGUGGAGGAGGAAAUAUCACAUUUAAAGGAACUCUUGAAGACGCCGAUUUCACAACAAGACUUUUUAAGGGAGAGCUUAAGUUGGGGGACUCACCCAUUUACUUAACCUAUUCUGUGAAGUCGGAGGGUAAUUCUCAACUGGGUCUUCUUCUUCAGUUCUCUUCUAGCAUGAAUGAAAGAAAGUCGGUAGUUGUGGCAUACAAGGAAACGAAGCUGUUCUCCGGAAAAUUCAGUGAUGUGAUUGUGCCACUUCAAGUUGAAUCUCCAGAUAUGGCUGCAGGAUGGGUUGUACUAGAGAGUAGCAUUGCAAUGAUUGGAUACACACUAACUGAAAUCCAUGCUCUGUGCUACAAGCCCAAGACUGACCUACAUAGGUUCAUAUUAGAAUCCAGUUCCCAUCCAGCAGGAUACUUUGCCGUGCUUGGCAAUCUUAAAAUUAAAACUUUGGAGCAGAACUCCAGGGAAAUAGAUUUUCCUCCAUCGUCUUCUUGGCUUGUUGAGUAUCAGUAUCUUAAAUGGUCUUCAGAUCCUCAGGGUUCAAGGAUCAUUAGUUUUAAGUUAACUUGGAAGCUAAAAGUUGGCAAUGAUUCUUUGUUCUCAAAAUACAAUAUUUAUGUUGAGAAACUAGCACAGGGAAGCUCUAGAAAACAAGGAGAAAAGCUGACAAGGAGGCAGGAGUAUCUCGGAGUCUCACAAGUGGAAGCGUAUUAUGUUUCUGACCUGAAAAUUCCUACUGGUACUAACAGUCUUAAAUUCUUUAUCCAAGCCUGUACUGUUGACGGUUCUUAUCAGAAGCUAGAUGAUUCUCCAUCUCUUCAACUUGAAGUCGAAGGUCAGUGAUGUGAACUGCCUUCAGAUUUCUUAUGAAUUCUUCGAUGAGAAUUUCUGCUUUUCGUCUGACUAUAGUUGUAUCAUGUUACAAUGGAAAUAAACAAGCAGAUGUGCUUUGUAUUGAGCA